CGAUCGCUGGCAGUGUGUGCUUUUCUCGGCGAAGUGCAUGACGUAACAGAUCGUCGUCUGGCGCAGUUUUUCUUAGUGGCCAUUUUGUUUCCGACCGCACGUCCGAUUUAAGGUGUGUCCGUGUACGUCCAUCCGUUCUUCAGUUUGGCCUGGCAGUGCGAUGGACUCAAAGCGGUACGAUCGCAGCACGAGGUCGAAUACAGAAUCGCCACCUGCUCUGCCCUCGUCUCCCAUGUAUAGCACAGGUUACAGCACCGCGACACACGACGGUCACAGGAACCGAGGCAGCUCGCGACGCUCGCCCUCUCCCCUACCUGUCGCGGAGUACCAUCGGAGCAGAUCCUCGCGGAACGACUCGCCGCUCCAGGACAGACGUAAGCGCCGUCGAAGCGGCUCACGAUCGUCCCCGGUGCGUUCUCACAGACGGUCAAGAUCCAACGACAAGGACAGGGAGCGCGAUCGUGACAGAGAACGAUCACGAAAAUAUUCGAGAAGAGACAGAUCGCGGUCGAGAUCACGCGGCAGAUCGCGCUCCAGGAACAGAUCCCGCUCGAGAGACAAAAGACGAAGUCGCAGUCACAAUCGCAGCAGAGACAGGCAUAGAUACAGGGAGAGUCGAAGGCAUCACACUAGAGCACCUUCGUACGAAUCGGACGCUCUUGAAGAUCACGGAGAAGGAACGACGUCGGUGGCGCAUCCGGUGGUGACUGUCGCUCCCCAACCAAAUGCUUUCAAGAAUGACGGAAGUUUCAUGGAGAUGUUUAAGAAAAUGCAAGAGCAAAUGCAGCCUACCGUACAGAAACCUACAACUUCUGUAUUAGAGGAAAAACCUGUGGUGCCGCCGCCAUUGAUGGUAGGCAAGAGAAGAGGUGGCAGAAUCUUAAAAACCGGCAUGGUGGCAAAGCCAAAGACAGAACAAACUGUGGAGCAACCAAAAGAUGCUUGGUCAUUGUACAUGGCAGAAGUGAAAAAGUAUCGAGAAGUCUGCUGUCAGGAGGAGGACAACACGCGACCGUUGGUUAAAUAGCUUUUUCAAAUUAUCCCUUCUUUAUGUACUUUGGCUCAUUACUUUCUUCUGAGACAUCUAUAAUCAGGCUAACUUCGUCUAUAAGAAACUUUAUGUAUAAGAUAUUAACAGAUAUUGCUCCGGGAAAAAAAUCUUUUAUUCUCGUUUUGUUUCACUGUGAGCAUUCUGUUUUAUCUAAAUUCACUAUAUAUAAUGUUAUUUUGCACUAAUUAUAAACGAAAGACAAAGAAGGGAAUAAAAAAGUUCCGAGAGAAGCUCAUUUGUGAUAGUGUCGCGUGUGCUUUGAGAGACAGAAAUGGACAAGAGCGAGAGAGCAAUGUAAAAAAAAUUUAUCUUUGCGAAAAAAGGAGAUAGAAGGGGGAGAGGAGGUGAAACGACUUAUACGUGCUAAGAGAGAUUUAGGGAUUAAAUAAUUUAACUU